AUGAAUGGAACACCAACUCAUGCAGAACAUGGAUUAUUCGUCGACGACACUGCAUUAUGGACAUCUGGCAAUACCUUAACAAAUCUUACAAGCAGAUUACAACAAUCCAUAGAUGCAUUCGAGAAUUGGUGCAAGUCAUGGAAAUUAAAAUGGCAACCAACUAAGACAGAGCUGAUAUACGUCAGCAUACAUCCAAGAAAACAAUAUAAGAAUCCAGUGAAAGUUAAAGUUGAAAACACCAUCAUCAAACCACUGGAUUUCACACGUUACUUGUGUGUAAUUCUAGAUAAAAGAUUAAAAUGGCGAACACAUCUCGAACAUAUCGAAAGCAAGAUUGCUCCUCGGAUAGGUGUACUUAAAUAUCUUUCGACAACAGCAUGUGAACCCUAUAACAAGACGAUGAUAAAUGUUUUCAAAUCAAUUGUACGCACAGUCAUCAUUUAUGAACAUCCUAUGCUCCUUUCUGCUGAUCAAAAAGCGAAUCUUGGAUCGAAAAAUUGGACUCACAUUGGCUCAGGAGGAUCUCAGAUUGGCCCGAAUCCCACUUUGGACACUGACCUAUACAUCUGUCAGAUACAUCCACAAGAUCAGCAACAUCCUAAAAAUUAA